AUCAGGAUAGAAACGAGUUCCAAAUCGAGUUGUUUACACGUUAUUAGUUUGCAACCUUGCAUGUGCGUAGAUAACGAGUAGUUGUGCCGGGAAAAUUCCAAUUAGGCCUAGGUGUUAAUUGGAUUAAUGAGUAUUGAAGUUUGAACGUGACUAAUUGGGUAAGCAUUAUUAGCGACUGACGUUUUAAUAAGUUUCAGUGAAGAUUAUCAAAAACAGUAGUGAUAUGUGUCUCCCGAGUCCCGAUGCGCUGUAAUUUUUUCAGACAGUUGAAAGUUGUCCCAUAUUGUUCCGGUAACUUAAUUAAAAACCGAAUUAAUUUGAUUCGCGUUUGUAUUGAAUACAGCGAGGAGCUGGAAAUUCCCAAUUCCACUUCCCCAAACUCCGGAUUUCUUUAUAAGAUGUAAAGGUGUGUUGCCUAACCAUAAGGGUGGAUUAUCACAACGUGCACCUCCUCUUGGUCUCUAUGGUUAUAGGAAAUGCCUACGAAACAACCUGGACCACUGAACUCAUCAAGAUCAUGAUGUCACAAUUUUUCGGGCAAUCUCAUAGCCUUUAUUGCAAACCGCUGACGUAUGAGAGUGAGAAACAAUCGAAGCUUGUCUCUAUUACUGGGUUACCCCAGGGAUCUGUUCUCAGUGUCAUUCUGUUCAAGAGCAUUAUCUUAAUGACAAAAACAUGAAUUUGAUCUAUUUUUGGCGACCACGUUGAUUUUGAUCAAAACAUGUCAACAUCGUUAUUUAUGCACCAAUCUCGUUGGGAAAAAGAACAAGAACAUUUUCUCAAUGACCAGGACAUGAAUUUGAUGAAUUUUGUAAGAUUAAAAUAAAUUGUCGUUAAAAGUGAUUGUAAUACUGAGGAUCCUUUGAUAUUUCGUUGUAUCGGUUUAUUUUAUUUGUUUGUCUUCUUAUCUCAUUCCGUAAUGCCUUCAUAAACCCAUUGCACGCGUUCGAGGAGCGAACCACAAAUUAACUAAACUGCGUCUCAUUAAAAUUUCUAUAUACCGUUAUCAUUGUAGAUAUUGGUAACAUGUAAUUAUAUCGCAAAUUGCUGACGGCGCUUAGUAAUUUUAGUAGGUAUCCAGGAAUAUUAUGUACUUAGGUUAUUGGCAAUUAUAUUAUGCACAGGUACAUUACAGAAGAACAAUAACAGGCAUGCUAAAUAUAACUUAAGGCUCUCCAAAGUCACUACUUCAAGUUUAGCAUUUGAGAUAUCCCUAAUUAUAACUGAGGAUUCCACUAUAUUGCCGAACCCAGUGUGCGAUGAUUGCUUGUAUGGGCAUUCUAUUUACGGUCGCCAUAAUACUUACAGUGAUAUACGUGAAAUGGAGGUACACGUACUGGAAAAGGAGAAACGUUCCACAACUGUCGCCAAGUUUACCCUUUGGAGACAUGGAAAACCCGCUCGCACGUAAACAUGGCGUCGGAGAAUUGAUAGCGGUUUUCUAUAGAAAAUUUAAAGAAAGUGGCGAGAAACACGCCGGCGUCUACGUUUUUGCAUCUCCAAAUUACCUACCCAUCGACCCGGAACUAAUAAAAAAUAUCAUGCGGAAAGAUUUCCAACAUUUUGUAGAUCGCGGAUUUUACUACAACGAAAAAGAUGAUCCUCUAAGCGCCAACCUCUUCAGCAUUGGCGGUCAAAAAUGGAAGAACCUGCGCGCUAAGCUUACGCCGACCUUCACUUCGGGUAAGAUGAAGAUGAUGUUUGAUACUCUGGUGGAAUGCACUCAUCCAAUGGAGGAACUUAUGGCAAGUUAUUUUGUCAACAAGGAAACGAUUGACAUUGGAGAUGUUUUUUCGCGUUUUACGGCGGAUGUUAUUACUUCUUGCGCCUUUGGUUUGGAGUGCAACAACUUUAAAGGUGACGAUACGAAGUUCCGUGCCCACGGUAAAAAUAUACUGGCUCCACGAAGCAAAGCAACAACAUUACAAGUUUUGUUUGCGGCGGCACUACCGAAGUUGGCUAACAAACUGGGGAUAAUCUUCAUUCCUAAGGAGAGCUCUGCUUUUUUCUUCGACGUUGUUAAAGACACCAUUAAGUACAGGCGAGAAAAUGGCGUGCAACGCAAAGACAUGUUACAAAUUUUAAUGGAACUUCAAGAAUCGAAUGUCAACGCAUUAACAAUACAAGAAAUUGCAGCUCAAGCUUUAAUGUUUUUCCUUGCCGGUUUUGAAACUUCUUCUUCUACUAUGAAGUUUUGCCUUUACGAACUAGCAACCAAUGCAGAUAUACAGGAAAAAGUGCGGGACGAAAUUAAUCAGGUUUUAAAACAACAUGGCGGAAAACUUACUUACAAUGCGAUCACUGAAAUGAAGUACAUGGCUCAAGUUAUCGACGAGACACUAAGGAAGUAUCCACCUCUGACCUUCAUAACACGGAAAUGCAUCAAAGAUUACGUUGAACCAAGCAGUGGGGUUACGAUAGAGAAGGGCACCAAGGUACACAUUCCCGUAUUGGGCUUACAUAUGGAUCCGGAGUAUUUCCCCGAUCCUGAAAAGUUCGAUCCGGAGAGGUUUUCCGAAGAGAACAAGCACAGAAUUGUUCCCUUCACUUACAUUCCCUUUGGCGAAGGUCCUCGCCAUUGCGUUGGUAUGAGGUUCGGAAUGAUGCAGACCAAAGUUGCUCUAACCUGUUUGUUGAGAACUUAUUUAUUUACCGUCAGUCCGGAAACACAAAUUCCGCUCAAAUGGAGUAAAUACAGCUUGCUUCUCACAACGGAAAAUACAAUAUGGCUAAACAUUGAUCGAGUCUGUUGAGUGUUGUUUAUUUGUUUCAAGUUUGCCUACAAUACUUAUUAAAGUACUCGGAAAACGCAUAAUUAAAUAUAUUCACUCAUCAA